AUGGUACCUAAAUGGUCUCUCACUGUUCCAAGUGUACAAGAGCUUGCAAGCCAACGGCUUGAUACAAUCCCUUCUAGGUACGUGAGAGAUAACAUGAAUGAUAUCAUCGUCACCGUUCCUUCUGAUCAGUCACUUCGAGUGCCAUUGAUUGAUAUGUCCAACCUUGUCAACCGAAAGGCUCAACCUGGAGAGCUUCAAAAGCUUCACUCUGCUUGCAAAGAGUGGGGCAUAUUUCAGUUAGUGAACCAUGGAGUUUCGGAUGAAUCAUGGACAGAAAUGAAGAAAAUAGUUGAAGAAUUGUUUUACCUUCCCUUCAGAGGGAGGGAACGUUGGGCUAAAAAGCCAGGAAAUAAUGAAGGGUAUGGUCAUCUCUUUGUAGGCUCAGAAGAACAGAAGCUUGAAUGGAAUGAUAUGGUCUUCCUUAAAGUUCUUCCCAUUGAAAGCAAGAAAUUGGAAUCUUGGCCAGAGAACACUCACCAGUUUAGGGAGACAUUGGUGAGUUACAUAGAAGACAUGAAACAAGUAGCAGCAUCUAUUAUAAGGUUCAUGGCUACGGGGCUUGAGGUUCAAAAUGAAGAAUUUUAUAAGGCUUAUGAGGAAGGGAACUAUGACGUGCGUAUAAAUAUAUAUCCAACUUGUCCUGAACCUGAGAAAGCUACUGGGAUAGUCCCACAUAUUGAUAUCCAUGCCAUCACUCUCUUGCAAGAUUAUGGUGAACUCCCAGCUUUACCGGUUCUAAAAGAUGACCAAUGGGUAUUUAUUGAGCCUAUAGAUGGUGCCAUUGUUGUGGAUCUUGGUGGCAUCAUGCAGAUAAUGAGUAAUGGGAUAUACAAAUCGCCAAUUAACAGAGCAAUAGUGAACAAAUCAAAGGAAAGGAUUUCAGUAGUUACUUUGUGCAAUCCUAACUCAUCUCUCAGCAUUGCUCUAGCAAAAGAACUUGUCAACAAGUCUGGAAGUCCGCCAUUAUACAAGACUGUAACACUUGAUGAGUAUUUUAAAUGCUUUUGGAAUUCAAUUCCUAAAGUCCCACUCAUGGAUAACUUGAAAUUCUGA